GCUGAGGUGUGAGUGCGUCCCUGCACCGCCCAGCCGGCAUUGCCCGUGUAAACUUGCAUACCAGUGGCUCGUGGGACCGACAGAUUAAAACAGACGCAGUUGAAAUUUUAACAAUGCGGUUCAUGAUAAAACUUUUCGCGGUAUGAUUUUGUUUGUAUACGUUACGGCAAAACGCUGAAAUAAGAGAGAGAAAAAAAAAUUAACGAGAACUUAUAUAUUAAUGCAUGACAAAGGAUUGACAAGAGCUCACUUAGUUCACCUGUCGUGCUCCUAGAAGGCCAUUAACAGCGGGACGUUAUCCAGUCGUGGGUUUGCUGCUUCGCUCCUUCCAUGGCCUGCCACCUCGACUGACCCACUUGCUCAUAUUCAGGAUGAGUGUGGGCGGCUGGGCGUUGGCGGCGGCGUGGUGGGUAGCGGUGUGGGCGGCGGUGGCGGCGGGGCAAAGGGCGCCGUGCUACCAGUGUGAGCUGUACCGCGACGCCCACCCUCACUCACGCCCCUACAACGCGAUCCGGGCGCGCUGCGUGUACCCGUGUGAGUGUGGCGCCGUGCCGCAGUGUCCCGAGGGCGUCAACUUGGUGCGGGAUGGCUGUAGCUGCUGCUGGCAAUGCGCGCGGCUGUCGGGGCAGGCGUGCGACGCGAUACACACAUGCGAUGCCUCCAGGAACCUCACCUGCGUCUACGCCAACCCCAAGGACCUGCGCGGCGUGUGUCAAGAUGCGGCGUCGACGAGGGCGGUGAUGGUCGGCUGCCGCAUCAACAACAAGACCUUUGAGAACGGCGAGAACUUCAGCCCUGAUUGUCGGACGCAGUGCUCGUGUCAGAACGGUACCUACGCCUGCGUGUCACUGUGCCCCAACGAGAGUCUCCUGCCCAGCUCCCAGUGCCACAACCCUCAUCUGGUGACGGUGCCGGGCCAGUGCUGCAGGGAGUGGAUGUGUGACGCCCCAGGCAGGUCGGCGGAGCCCCCGGCGUGUGAGCGAGCCUCCGGCCGGUGGUCGCCGUGCUCUGUGUCGACCUGCGGCGUAGGGCUGUCAGUGCGCUGGUCGACAGACAACCCGCGCUGUCAGCUCGUCAACCAGACCCGCCUGUGUCAGCUGCGUCCGUGCGAGGACCUCCGUAUGCAGGACCAGCAGCAACAACAACAACAACAACAACAACAACAGCUAGCGUCUCCCAGCAAGCGUGCCUCUAGGAAGCACCACAUCAGGCGCGGCCACCAGUGCAAGGCGACGCUGCGGCCGAGUCGUGCCCUGCGGCUGCGGGUGGGCUGGUGUGUGAGCGAGCGCCGCUACAGACCCAAGCGCUGCGCCGCGUGCCCGGGCCGCUGCUGCACCGUGCACACCUCCACCACCAUUUCCAUCACCUUUGUGUGCCCGCUGCACGCCAACACGGACCUGCUGUCCCUGCCGCGCGCCUUCCCCGCCUCCAGCCCGCCCCGGCCGCGACCCCGCGCGCCCCAACCCCCGCCCACCACCACCGUCAGUGUGUACGACAUGAUGGACGAGGGACAGCCCGUGGCCGAGGCGGUGCUCACCGACCCGAGGCCUCCGAAGGACUACAACGACGUCUGGAGCUCCGUUGAAGACGACCCCAACGGCGAGCCGCUGCUGCAGCACGAGAACCUGACGACGGAGGACGACUACCUGUACGACGAGAUCAAGAGCGACAACUUCGAGACGGUCCAGUACCAGGUGGAGUGGAUCAUGAGGUGCAAGUGUGACGCUGAAUGCGCGCCCGAGACCCCCGGCCCGCCCCCGCCGCCGCCCGCCCUGCAGACCUCGCCGCCCACAUAACAGUUGCACCGCGAAGAUGGUCCGGCGAGAGUGGUCCGAUGACGCCUCCUCCGUAGCGGCGAGUCCGUUGCGAGCUGUGCCUCUCAGGUCAGUUGUUUGGCUGAGUAUGUGUUUGGCGGUGCGGCAGGUGUGUGUGUGUGUGUGUGUGUGUGUGUGUGUGUUUGUGUGCGUUUGCAUGUGCGUAAGCGUGUGUGCACAUAUCUUAGCCGUGUGUGUGUCUACGUCGUGCAUGGACCGGUACGUGUCAAGGUAUUUCUGUCACUGAGGUCCGCCUCGUGGAGGGCGCCGCCUCGCACACUCUACAUGUUCAUAAGGAUCGUACACGCUGCGCGAUAGCCAUUAACGAGGAGUCACCAAGUGCAAUUCUUUCCUCAGAUACACUUUUUAGCCGCUAAGGUUGUCAUAGAAGAAUUUAAUUUUUUGCACUUCUGACGGCUGUUAGUUGCUGAAAACCUGAACGCAACUGGCGGCCUACUUAGGUGGUAGUGUGGAGAACUAUAUUUUGUAUGAGCAGCUCAGCGAUUCUGUGCAUGUAUGUCUACAGAGACUUGCCUUCUGAGCUGAUAUACUUCGCCGAGACAGAGAGAGGUAAGGCACAGAACAGGCAGAUACAUUGACUCUUAUCGCUACCGAGGCGUGGGUGACCCUUCUUAGUGGUGUCCCGGCCGCUAAGUGGCGAGCAGACAAAGGGAGACAGAGCUUGAGUGACCUACUGAGGCAUGAGACGGGAGGACAAAUCAACCAUGGAAACGAUAGACCGUGAUCGACUUAUGUGCAGAGACCAGAAAACACAGAUAAGUAAUGGAGAAUAGAGGAGGGCAGAUAAGUAAUGGAUUGAUAAGUGAUGUGCUUGAGACGCUAAGCCCAGAUUAGAACACCGGAGAGGGCACUUGAAGGAUCCUCUAGGUAGGGACGAGUUUGUGUAUGUGUGUGUGUUGUAAUCCCUCAGAGCCGUAAAUCAACACCGCUGCGCCUCGUGGUCAUAGAGAGGCGCUGAUUGGCUGCCUCGUGGUCAUGAAGAGGCAGUGAUUGGCUGCCUCGUGCUCGCUGUAACCGGACACGCCGUGGGGAAUCGGAUACUUUUGCUGCACCGAGAACCUGUUUGAGAUACUGUGUCUUUAUCGACUGUGUGUGAGCUGAGUGAUCCAUUUCCGUUUGAUUCUAAAUGAGAGUAUUUAUGUCAAUUUAAAGGAAAAGAAGGCCGAUUUUUAGGAUUUGUAUAAUUAAAUGAUGCGAGUGACCUUUUUUUUUAUUCUGGCUCACAUCCUUCUGUUUCUAUUGUAAAGUAAAAGAAGAAUACAUUUUGGUUCCCUUAUGUUGUUGAUUGAGAGUUUUAUAUUCAUUGUAAAGUCAAAAGAAUUCCAGUUAUGAAGAUUUGUAAAGCUAAAUUAAGAGAGUGAGCCAUUUUCUUUAUUCUGUCUCAUAUCUUUCUAUUAACUGUAAAGCAAGAAGAAGGAUUAAUCUUAGACAUUUAUGAGAAUUAACUGAAGCCUCUGUUAAAAGAAUUCAUGUGAGGCGAGUGGACCAUUUUCCUCUGCCUCAAUUUUUUUGGUUAUAAUUGUAAAGUAAGAGAAAUAAUACAUUUUUUAGCAUUUAUGAGAAGUAACUGAAGCUGCUGGUAAGUAAAUAAAGAAUUCAUGUACUGAUCUUGUAUAUCCUCCUCGGAACCAGGGAGUUGAUUCAUCUGUGUAGAGUAACCGAGUCAUGUAUUCUACUAUAAGCUGCCUUAUACUACAUGUGAGAGAGAGAGGGAGAGAGUUUGUAGCGAGUCUAGUCAUAAGAAGCCAAGUAACGCUGUAAUGUCACCCGCUAUUCCUUCCGUGUCCCUCCGUGCCCCGCCAGCAUGUUUCCAAUCUCUCUAUGGGUAUGUGGUCCCUGAGUCAAGACGCUCGGCUGUAGCUUUGAAACUAACCACAGGAUGUUCUGGAAAAUACUCUCAUUGUGAUUCCUACUCAAAAUUACACUGUAUGCCUCCAACUACACCUACCAACCUAACCAAGCCUGACCUGACCUGUUCAACUGAGAGGGCGCCACAUACCCAUACAGAGAAGGGACAUACGCGCCCCGCCACACCACCCAGCCUCUCAUCUCAAUCCCUCGGUGUCAUCAAAAUACAAGGAGUUCAUAUAAUGUUGUAGAUGAAGCGAUUUUUGUCAGGUUUUCUAGACAUCAUCCCGGAGCCCAUGUCUGACAGUUAGUUUCAGCAUCAUGAAAGCACAGAAAACUCAUAUAUUUGGUGCAAGGAGCUUUUUAUUUGGUCGUCUUUCUUAACUGUUCCUCCCCCAAGACUAUUUCCAAAGGUUUCAACGGAUGACUUUCUGUUUCGAGCCACGUAAUGUAUAGAGUUUCUGUUCCUCUGGGCGCUGAGGUUGAAUUUUACUCACGAGGCGAAGAACAGGAGACUUGGAAGGCUGUGAAGAAGGGUUGUACUCCCCUAUCAAAUCUGUUUCACGCCGGCUGCAACGCCAUACAAGCUACUUAUAGUUGUCAGCAUAUAAGGGAUUUAGGUAGUGUGUAGUAGACAGGCCAUAACGAGACAUCAUAUCAGUUUCACGCCAUCAGCCCUGAAAGUAAGUAUUUGUCAACAUGUGAGUCUGUACCGGGCUGUGGGACGGAUUAGACGGAUGCAGUUAGUUGCCAGCUUAUAAGGGGACUGUAGAGAUGAUUUGCUGACCUACCUUACCGUGACAUAUCGCUGUUUCACUAGAGAUUUGUAAAUGGAAACUAUGUCAACAUGUGAGUCUGUACCGGGUUGUGGGACGGAUGCAGUUAGUUGUCAGCUUAUAAGGGGACUUUAGAGAUAACUUGCUGACCUACCUUACCGUGACAUAUCGCUGUUUCACUAGAGACUUGUAAAUGGAAACCGCGAAGCUAAGCAGUUGUCAUUUUGUAGGUCUCGUAAGCAAGGAACUGGGGCCGCUGGUAGACCUAAAUAAAAGUCCGCAAAAGGAGGAACACUGUCCGUGACUCCUAGGACUUCCAUUACAUGCAAAAUAUCUUUAAUUCACGUCAGACCUAAUACAAUAGAUGCUACGAGCGGAAGACGAACUUUUCCAACACGCAUCUAUCAGGAAUUGUAUAGCAGAGAUUGUGUAGCAGACCCGCCUUGACAUAACAUACCAUCAUAUCGCUCAUACCCUUGCUGGAUGCCGAUACUCAGCUGUGUAGGUCUGCGUCAUCAAGGGGGCAAGUUAGCUAAGAGAGUAUGCUUCCCCGGGCAGGCUCGUGGACUGGCCUGAGAGGGGUUGGUUUUAAUGUGCUGCGUGUGGGGGGAAGAGGAGCGUUUUUGAAGAAGCGGAGGAGGGAAAGAGGGCGAGGCGGAAAAAGUGGCUUGAUAAUGAGAGAGAGAGAGAGAGAGAGAGAGAGAGAGAGAGAGAGAGAGAGAGAGAGAGAGAGAGAGAGAGAGAGAGAGAGAGAGACGAGAGA